AUGCGGACGGCGAUCGGAGACGGAUGGCAAGCCAACACUUCGGCUAGAAACAACACGAACUGUGUCAACACUGCCCACAGACGUCCGGAAAUCGAUCGUGUUGACACUGGGCUACCGAUCGCCGCUGGCAAUCCACUCGUAACCAACUCCAAAGUUGAGUUCUGAGGACGGUCAUUUCAAUUUGUAGUUUGGAGUUUUCUACAAGUUUGCUCAAUCGCUCUCUGAAGGUCUAGAUGAAGACUCCUCACAGUCGCUACCUGCGCAAACUUCUAGUUUUUGAGAUACGAUUUUUUUUAAAGUUGCGUGAAAUGGGCUUUUUCCUAACUUUUCGACCUUCAAAACUAAUUAUCUUAAAAACUAGAAGCUGGCGCUGGUUGCAACGUUGAUAGAUCUUAAUAUAAACCUUCAGAGAUUAUUUGAGCAAAAUUGUAGAUAAUUGAAAGUCGCAAAGUAAAAUGACCACCUUGUGGGGUCUUCUGUGUCGAACGCAAACUUCAAAAAUUAAUAUUUCAAACACUAGAAUUUCGCGCAGGUAGCGACUAUGAGGAUCUUCAUUUUGACAUUCAGAGAGUUUUUUUUAAAUAGAGAACCUCUAUGGCACCAUUUUCCCAAAGUAAUAGGAAGGUGUAAAAUUGACGAAGUUCCCACGAUCCGAUGACGGCCAAAUCGACGACCGUCCGUGUUUUUCUUUUGACUCGAAUUUGUUAUUCAGAAAUGUUGUUUUCUUGUUUGGGAAUUUGUGUUUUUUGGCCAGUCGGAAUGACCGCGAGAUCUCAGCUCAGGAGAACACCCUGUUGACUGCGGCGGGCCACUCAACGGCGAUAGGUGAUAACAGAUCGGAGCUUCUUCCCAGAUCAAUGUCAUUUUGUUUUCCUUCCAUUCUAUCCGUCUGAUCAAUUCACUUCAAGCGUUGCUGGCUACAUGAGGAUAAGCCCAGAAGACAUAUUGGAAGCUUUAGCGUUGAAAAGAGGAAAAACGAUUUUGAAGAGAAAUGAAUUUAAGAGGGUUAUAGCCUGUGUACCAAGACUUGGAAUUUCACGGAACGACAUUCCGCUGUGCCGCAGCGCGCCUUUGCGAACCUUGGUCGUGAUUAAAAUUUUUUUUUAAAUGUAUUUUACUUCCAUGUGCUCCCACAGCAAAAACAAUCAAUUGAAAGCGUGACCCAGAUUCGAAAGACGCUGCGCGAACGCACGCAGCGGAACAGCGGAAUGUCGUUCCGUGAAACUUCAAGUCGUGGCACACAAACUAUAAUCUCCGAAAAGUUGCUUAAACUGCCACAAGAAGAUACAAACUCACAAAACAAAACAAAAGAGUGAUUUAUUAAAGAAGUAUGUCUCUUAACUUCUAUCUACCAAAGUCUAGGACCUUUUAAAAAGGUCCUUUUUAUAGAAAAAAAAAAUCAGAACUCAAACUUUGUUAUGUAUUUUUUUAUUCAUUUUUCUGAGCUUUAAUUUGAUUUCUUUCUUUUUACAAUGCCCUCUAAAGCUGAGAAACUUUCCUUGACGGAUAGAAGUUUCUUUACUGAGUUCGGAAAAACAAAGAAAACCUAGCUUCCAGAUUCCUAGCAGCUUCGGAGCAGAUCAAACUGCAUUCGUUUCGGAGAACUGCUGAAACGCGGCAAAAAAGACACGCGAUUGGCACGGUUCGCGAGUGUUUUGAUCGUAGUGUUUGCCGUCGGCGCAGUGGGCGGCGGCGACGACGGAACUGUCCGACGGCGGCCGUCCUCCUCGCAGUCGAGCCCCGGCGGCGCCUGAAAUGCGAUCCUUUUUCGCGCUCAACAGCUUUCCGUGCUGGCCGUUUCCACCAGUUCCUUACCCAUUUCUUGCUUUUCCUGUGCCUUUUCUUCAAUGGAUUUUCUUCUUCUCCUUGCCGAUCUACCCACCGUGGCUGACGUUUGCAAGCUCAUCUUUUCUUUCUCUUCAAUUUUCUCGUUUUGCAUAUUUUGGAAUUUUUAAUUAUUUCCACUCUCUUUUGAAAUCAGUUUGAAGCUUUGUUUUUGAAUUUUCUAAAAAAGUGAAAAUUUUUUUUUGAAUAAACUCUAGAGGCAAACAAUCAGAAAGAUCACCCUGAUCUGAGCCGUUGUUAGAGAGAGAGAGAAGAAAAGCAGGCGGAGCCACUAAGGAGAUUGGCAUUAAGCCAAUGAGAUUUUUUCCCGAUUAGCAGGAUUUACGAUGGCGAGUGCGUGACUGACAGGCUGCUGGAUUUGAAUGCGAUGGAUAGAAUUUGACCACUGAGCUUUCUGUUUUCUGUUUGACUUUUUUCAAAGAAGUUUCGAAGGUUUGUAGCAGCCUGAAAUGGUCGUUGUCAUUUUUCAAUGAACAACUUUCUUUAAGAUUUAUUAGCACCUGUCUUUAGUGAAGUAGACAUAAAAAAAGAGAAAAAUUGAUGAUUUGAUCUGAACAUCCUAGUCCUAUUUCACCAAAGUUUUUUUUUUUGAGUUUUUGACUUACACUUUCUACCGAGCAACCGAAAAAUCGUCAACUUUGGUGCGAUGAAGAGGCGAGACUUUGCGCCCUUACAUAAAGCUUUUUUACAAGAUUUUUCAAACGAAAAGAAAGUUGAAUAAAGUUGAGCGGGGUUCCCACAGAAUCAGAUGGAACGAUCUGGACGCACGCGACAGCCCUCGCCUCGACAUGGCCGAUUACGCGGUCAGUCACCUGUCGCGUCUGAUUGACUCAUGCACCUACUGCCAGCGUCUUGCACCAAAACAAACCCUUCAAGCCACUCAGACCGUUUGA